UCUUGUGCCCUAAAAGUAAUAAUUGCUAUUUUUGACAAAGGAGAUUUGUUUUGUUUUCUAAUCGAGUUUUCUAUACAUUUUUUACGCAAUUUAAGAAGAAAAUUUGGGUGGGAUGGAUUCAGAAAAUGAAUUCAAACAUUCGUACAUGAUGGAGAGUGUGAUGGUUUCCGCAAGUGACGAUAUUGGAUCAGACACUGUGGAUAACUCUGAUGACUCAGAUGGAAACAAAUCUUCCAAGCCACUGCGUGAGCAAGAUCGUUUCCUGCCCAUUGCAAAUGUUGCGAAGAUCAUGAAACGAGCCAUUCCGGAUAAUGGAAAGAUCGCAAAAGAUGCCCGAGAAUGCGUGCAGGAAUGCGUCUCGGAGUUCAUUUCAUUCAUCACAAGUGAAGCCAGUGAUCGGUGUCACAUGGAAAAGCGAAAAACCAUCAAUGGGGAAGACAUCCUAUUUGCAAUGAGUAGUCUUGGUUUUGAUAACUACGUGGACCCCCUGAAGUUGUACCUGCAGAAGUACAGAGAAACCACAAAGAUGGACAAGAACACCUCCAGCAGUGAGACGACCUUUGAAAUUAUUUCCCUAAAUGAUGAUUUUGCUAAUUCUCAGAAUAAUCAACGAAAGACCGAGAUAUUUGACCCAUCCGUCAGCAAUACAGUCCUCUACUACCAAAGUGACCAUCCGCAGUUUCAGCUCUAAGAAAACUCUCCUCCUACGACCAAGGCAUUAAAGAUCCAUUGCAAGUAUUUUAUGAUGCUCUGGAUUAGUUAACGUUUUGUUUCUUUUCAUCAGCACGAUGGAUCUUAAAAUUCAAAAUUACGUGUACAUUAAAAAGAAGUACUAUUUAAAUAAAUUUUAGAGGAAUAAAA